GAAGAGAAACAGAGAGAGGAUCCCCCAAGACCAAAACACAGACAAGAGAAGCAGAGAGAGAGGAACAUCAAAUUUCACCCAAAAGAGAGAAUGAACGUAGAGUGAGAAAGAAAAUAAAAUACAUUCGAAAUCUCCCUUGGUCUAUGUAUAUAUAAAUACGCCCACCGACUCACUUCGAACCUCACCACCUAACUCCAAGAGAGAGAAAUGGCAACUCAGUUAGUCUUCUUUCCAAGCCCAGGAGUGGGGCACUUGGUGUCGAUGGUGGAGUUGGCGAAGCGCCUCCUCCACCAUAACCCCACCGCCUUCUCCAUCACAAUGCUCACCAUCGAAUCCCCCUUUGGCGCUGCCACCGCUGCCGCCUACAUGGCCAAAGUCUCUGCCUCCGCACCCCCGGCUCUCCAAUUCCUCCCACUCCCACCUCCCCUGAACUUCUCCGUAUCCCCUGAAACCAGAGGCGAAACGCUCAUCAGCCUUUUCAUCGGCGCCCACAAACAAUCGGUUGCUGAAGCCCUGAAAUCGCUCUCCCCUGUUCGAGCCUUCAUCAUUGAUCUCUUCUGCACCACCUUUCUUGAAACCGCAGCUGAAGCCGGUGUUCCGGCGUACAUCUUCUUCACUUCUGGCGCUUCACUUCUUUCUCUAAUGCUCUAUCUCCCUACACUUCAUGACCAAAUUACAUCAGAAUUUAGGGAUUUGAAAGAGCCGGUGGCGAUCCCCGGCAUGACCCCGUUGCCACCACUCGACAUGCCCAUGCCAGUCAUGGACAAGACCAAUGACGCAUACACCUGGUUCUUGUACCACUCCCGCCGCCUCCGGGAGGUCGAGGGAAUUCUUGUGAACACCUUUGAAGAAUUCGAGCCUCAACCCCUCAAGGCCAUACGCGAUGGUCAGUGCCUGCCUGACCACCCCACGCCCCCAGUCUACGCUGUCGGCCCACUCCUCAACCUUGAUGAACAGCAGCCCCCUGCUAGCGAACCUCACGAGUGCUUAAAAUGGCUCGGCACCCAGCCAGACGGCUCGGUCCUGUUUCUGUGUUUUGGGAGCUGGGGCGCCUUUGAACCAGCCCAGGCCAAGGAGAUCGCUCUCGGGAUCGAGCAAAGCGGUCAUCGUUUCCUGUGGUCUCUGCGAGGUCGGCCAAAGGAAAAAUUCUCAGGCCCAACCGAUACAGACUUGGACGUGCUGCUGCCAGAGGGGUUCAUAGACCGGACGAGGGAGCGCGGGAUGGUGUGGCCGACAUGGGUGCCGCAGGUGGCGGUGCUCGCACACCCUGCAGUCGGUGGGUUCGUGUCGCACUGUGGCUGGAACUCGAUUCUGGAGAGUGUGUGGCAUGGCGUGCCAAUCGUGGCCUUUCCCCUGUACGCCGAGCAGAGGCUGAACGCAUGGGAGCUGGUGAAGGACGUGGGCGUGGGCGUGGGCGUGGGCGUGGGCGUGGGAGUGGGCGUGGGCGUGGACGUGGGCGUGGGCGUAGGCAGCGGUUUGGUGAAGGCAGAGGAGCUGGAGAAGGCAGUGCAGCGGUUAAUGGAGGCGGAGGAGGGGCAGAGAUUGACGCGGCGUGUGAAGGAAUUGAGGGAGGUGGCGAGGAAGGUGGUGGAAGAAGGGGGCCCGUCCUAUUCCGCUCUAGCAACGGUGGCCGGCAAAUGGGUUCAAGAGAAGUGAAUGGUCUUCGUCGUCGCCCUUGCGUAGCUCGAUUGCUUUUUUUUUGUUUCUUGUGUCUAAGUGUUUUUUUUUGUUUAGUGUUUAAGUUCAUGUACGAAAGUGGACAGUAAUGUAGUUCUAUUAAGUGUUUGUAUUAUUGAACUAACUCUAUC